CAAACGUUCCGCUGUGCGCUCUCAGAUGAAACACGAGUUCCACCGAGAUUGUUGCAUCAUAAGCAGACAAAAAUUGUCGGAUAAGCUUUGGGUGGUUUGAACAUCUUUUAAAAGGUUUUGUACUGUUUUUGCAAAGUUUAUUUCUUGUGAUUGCGUGCCAUUAAGGCUGGAAGUUUUCCCUGGGCAGAAAGUCAGGAUGUCAGAUAUCUCCGUGAAUGAUCAUCUGGAGGGUAUAUUGUCUGAUUUUGAGGCUCUGAAGAGGUCCUUUGAUAUUGAUGAUGUGAACGAGAUCCCCACAUUCUCCCCUACAUCUUCGUUAACAUCUCCAAUCAGCCCGAGUGCAAUCCUCAACAAGACAAAUGAUGUGAGGAGUCCAGGGAACCAAAUGUCUCCUCCUUACCGCUCCAGGAUUAGUAUUAGCUGCAGUCCUGCCCAGAGCCCUGUCAUGAGAAACAGGAUGGUGUCCAGCCUCUCCUUCAACCGAGGGACAAUGGGAAAGCCCACCAUCAACGCAAACACUGGGAUCAACCGAGCUGCCUCUUUCCAGAACAAAUUCAACCCUAAUGGCUUCAUUUUAUCUUCAGGGCCAGGGAGUGACAAUGACAGUCUCCAUAGCUCCUCUUCCAGUCUGGAGUACCAGGCCUCGUCUAAAGUGUGCUCCUACACCAGCCCUCCCCAGAGUCCUAUUGGUGUUGGGGAAUACAAGGCCCAACACUUGGGAAGCCCAGCCCUGAAGAAGUUUUCCUCCCAUGGGAACAUGUUUCAUUCAGAGCUAGAAGGUCCUCUGGUCAUCCCGACUGAACCCAUUGGUAUUAGCCAUGGCUCCAUGCCUUCUCUGGACCUCCAGAUGGCUGAGACUGCAGGAAUGAGACGAGUGGUUUUGCCUGGAUCAAGAUUCACCAAUGCAGGUGUACAGUUUAACAUAAGCCCCAAUCACAUCCAAAACAGCAUCCCUUUUGCAAGGGACAACACUUUAAACCAUCAGUCUCCUAAACCAAAGGAGCUGGUGCGCCUCAACAAAUUCCCCCUUGACCUUGACAACCUGGACUUCAAAUCUCAGAUGGAAUCCCCAGCUGCACUUGAACCUCCACCAAGAUUCCACCCACUGUCCAACAGCCCCUCUGUGUCGGCUAGUCCCUCUGCAUCCAUCAGCAGCAUCGAUAGCACUGACCUACCCAUGGCCCACAUCAAUAACAACAAAGAUGGAUUGAUGGAGCCCAUCACUCCAUCUGGAGCCAUCCCAGUACCAAACAUCAGCAAAUCUCCUGUCUUGCUGUCUCCAGCCCAAACUCCUCAGUUCAACAUAGUCUCUAAACCUCAAGUGGUCCAGGUGGCCCCUGCCUCUCCUCCCUCAUCAGGGCAGAUGGAGAUCAGCUGUAAUGUAGAUCAGGAUGAGAUCCAUGCCAAGGAAAGUGUGGGUUCUAUAUUACAGAGAAUUGCCUCUUUCUCCAGAGUGGAGACUAAGGCCCCAGUGCCCAACCCAAAUCCUGUCAUCCCCCUGAGUAAUGGUGUCAAGAAAGACUCGCCACCAAUACAACACAAGACGCUCAAGAAAUCAGAGGACACAGCACAGGAGCAGGGCUUGGAUCCAUCUGUCCGGAUGGAGGAGGAGAAGGAGGUCAAGGAGGAGAGAGAGGUGGAGGAGAGGGAGAUGAAGAUAGAACAUCCUCCACCAUGCCUCAGUGAAUCUGACACACAAGGCAUUAUCAAGGGCAGAGAUCUAUUCGGAUAUGUCGGCAUUGAGGCAGUUUUGGACCAGAUGAGACGCAAAACCAUGAAGGCUGCUUUUGAAUUCAAUAUCAUGGUUGUUGGUCAGAGUGGUCUGGGGAAGUCGACGCUUGUAAACACACUCUUCAAGUCCAAGGUCAGUCGGAAGUCCUGCACUCCCAAUUAUGAGGAGGAGAUCUCAAAGACUGUUCACCUGCAAUCAGUCAGCCAUAUUAUCGAGGAGAAAGGGGUGAAGAUGAAGCUAACAGUGAUUGACACACCUGGAUUUGGAGACCAAAUCAACAAUGAGAAUUGCUGGGAGCCCAUUGUAAAAUACGUUAAUGAACAGUAUGAAAAAUAUCUGAAGGAGGAGCUGAAUGUCAACAGGAAGAGAAGAAUCCCUGACACGCGUGUUCACUGCUGCGUCUACUUCCUGCCAGCCACUGGACACUGGUUACGCCCUAUAGAUGUAGAGUUCAUGAGGAGACUUGGGAAAAUAGUAAGCAUCGUCCCUGUGAUUGCCAAAGCAGACACACUUACUCUAGAGGAGCGGCUAGAGUUCAAACAGAGGAUAAGACAAGACCUCCAGGCCAACGGGAUCAGAGUGUAUCCGCAGAGAGAAUAUGAUGAGGACGCAGAAGACCGAAUACUCAAUGAUAAGAUUAGGGAAAACAUCCCCUUUGCAGUAGUGGGAACAGAUAAGGAACACCAGGUGAAUGGGAACAAAGUGUUGGGAAGAAAAACAAAGUGGGGGAUCAUUGAAGUCGAAAAUGUUGCACACUGCGAGUUUGCAAACUUGAGAGAUCUUCUUAUUAGGUCCCACCUGCAAGAUUUGAAGGAUGUCACUCACAACAUCCACUAUGAGACCUACAGAGUGAAAAGACUCAAUGAGAGCAAUGCCAGUGGAUUGGCUCUUUCACCUUUGACCCUGGAGAAUGGUACCCUAGAUAAAAGCGAAGCAGAGAGUCACCUUUGAACGGGGCGAAUCUCAACAAGUGCACUUGUGCACCCUCAGUCUGUCCCGCCCCUGUAGAAAACGGGAGAGAUGAACAUUUCACUUCUAGAUUGCCAUUGAUGGAAAAUCAACACGAUUGACUAAAGACUUUUCUGCUUAGGCAUGUAAACUUCAUAUAUGAAUCUAUUUUUUAAAUGAAUCUAUAUUAUGGGUAGGGAUCUGGGAUAUAGGCCUGAGAAAUAAUAAUGGGAAUUGAGAGGAAUUGAGAAUGAGAAUUUUUUACUCUUUCUUCUCUCUCUCUCUCUCUCUCUCUCUCUCUCUCUCUCUCUCUCUCUCUCUCUCUCUCUCUUCUCUCUCUCUUGUUUUGUAUCUUUUACACACCUUGAGUGUUCUUUGCUCAUGCUCUGUUGAAUGAAUGGCAUAGAGGGUUGGCAUAUUGGAGAACUUGUCUGUGCCUACAUGCCUGACACUCUCACUGGAAAAGAAAAUCCCAUAAUCCCUGUCUGUGCUACUGCACCCAUAUAUUUACACUGAACCAGCAAUGUGACAUGCUCCUUUUUCUCUUUUAUUUAAAAAAGUAAGUAUUGUGGAUUUUUUACAGCAAAAUAUGAUCUUUUUUAAACAAGAGAAAAACACUUUAAACAAAUAUUUUUGCUACCAGAGCUGCUUUAGAGCUGAAAGUUUUUUCUUAACAGAUACUUAAAUUCUUCUUACUGCUUAUCCAUGAACAACUGCUGUGAUGAAAUCCAAUAUGUUGAUAUAAUGGGAAAUAUUUCAAAUAUAACUUUUGACUUUUAUGUGUAAUUUUGUUUUUGUUUUUUGUUCUCAUAUCCCAGCUUAAAGGGACAGUUCAAUCUUAAAAAUUCUUUCAUUUACUAAUUCUUUCAUUUACUCACCCUCAUGUUGUCCAUACACGUGACUUUUCUGUGGAACUCAAGAGGAGAAAUUAUAAAGAAUCUAAGCCUUA